AAAUUUUUUUUGGGAAGAUGGCCGCUGUGUUUAUCUACUAAUAUUUAUCUCAAACACCUUGUUUAAAAAUUAAAAUGUCUGGAGGGAACAGGGGCAAGCUCAAGAGUGAAGAUGAGGAGAGGAUAAAAAAAAACUACCAGCUACUUAAAGAUGAAAUUGAUCCAAAGUAUAUAGUGGAUCACAUGUUUUCACAAAGUGUUUUCAACUUAGAUGAUAAGGAAGAAAUCCUUUGCCACCCAUCCAGAGGAGGAAGAGCUGAGGCAUUUUUAAACAAGCUUUUAAAUGCAGGACCAAACAAAGCCUAUGCCAUUUUUGUUAAUGUUCUUGAAGAAGAAUACCCCCAUGUUGCGGAAAAAUUAAAAAGCACUGUAUUGGAUAUAAAAUUAGAAGAAUGUCCAUAUUCCUGGUUUGAUGAUAGCAGUGACAUCGAUAAAAACCACAGAAUCACUCAAGCUGAAGCAAGCCGUUUGGCUUCAUGCUUUGGAAAAAACUGGGAACAUGUCAUGCUUCAAUUUGGCCACAGAAUGGCCUCAAUUGAAAUAGAACUACAGAGCAAAGGAAAUAAUAUUCGUUUAACCAUUACCAACCUGCUAAUUAGAUGGUGCCAACAGCAGGGAAACAAUGCAACUUACAGAAAUUUCAUAGAUACACUGAAAAAAGCAAGUGAAACUCAAGUAGCAACAAUAGAUUGGGAGGGCAUACAAGAAAUAAUGCUGUUACCAAGUUAAUGUAGUCUACUGCCAUUUUACACAACUAGCUUCUUUUACCAAUUUAAUGUACAGACUGACACAACUAGCUUCUUUUACCAAUUUAAUGUACAGACUGACACUGUUUCAUACUACUCUAUUUUUCUAGUAAGCUAAUGAAAAGUCUAAUUUAAUACAACAAGAUUUUUGUUUGAAAUUAACUAUUGCAUAAUUGAAGCAGUAUUUCAUUAUGAGACAGUGUACAACCAUAGCAAGUUUGCCAGUGAAAUUGGGAUGUGCUGUGUGUGUUAGCAAGUACAAAGAUUCUGUUGCUGCAGUAUGGGGAUGUUUGUUGUGAUAGAUCAUUUGUGUAAUGUCUGGAUGACAUGGUAGGGAAGACUGUGUCCUAACUUUGUCUCUUUCAUAUGGUUUGUUAAACAGAAAAUUGAUAUGCGAUCAUGAGUAAGCUUAGCUUUUACUUGAGUGUUGUUGCUGUACAAUAAAUUUUAUGGGAUGUUCAUGAUUUUUUUGUAAUAUAAUUUGCAGUGGAUUGUGUUGAAAUUAAACCAUAGAGGUAUAAAUGACAAUUAUUAACCUCUCACAUCCUGCCUGAUGUGGUCCAUGGUUUGAAGACUACACCUGCCCACCCACUAUCUUUUAUUUCUUCCAUAUUGACUUUUAUAUUUUACCCUGUUUGCCUUUUUACUCUUAUUUAACAUAAAUUUUGAUCAUGUAGCAUUGAAUUAUUUUCUCAUAAUUCCUUCUACUUAUGAAUACCAGCACCUUCAGAUUUGGAUGGAAAAUAUUUAUAUUAUAUUAAAGUUCCAGAAUUUUAAAUCCUAAUCCUACACUAAUUGAAUUUUUACAUGAAUUUGUAAUUAAUUAAUUACAUCAUUGACCUAUGAGUCACUGUAGUUGCAUAUCAUAAAACACAUAAUAUAUAACCUUGAAGUCUUGUGUUAGGUUCCUGUAUUUUCUUAAGUCCACCCAUUGCUACACAGGGUAAUGCCUACUGGAGUAGAGUUUGGGAAAGGAAAGGCAUAGCUAUAUAAUUUAAAUAAGGUAGAUAAUGAUUGUUUCUCACAUUUUGAAUGCAGGAAAUUAAGUUAUUUUCCAACACUUGAUGUAGCAACAGUGAUGUGCCUUGAUUAUCUUAGGUAUUGCAACUCUAUUUGAUCAAGGCAUAUUACUCUCAUUAUGUAAGCUUAACUCCCCACACAUAAGUAUUUUCAAUAUUAUUUAUUAUUGUAUUGUUUAUCCUUGUUUUAAAAUAAAAGAAUGGAUUCAAAAUGUUGGUAUAGUAUAAUUUAUCAGGUUGUUGAGAUUAUGAAUA